GACAGCAGUACAGAGAGAGGGCAUGCAGAUGAUCAGCCUGUGGUGAUCCUUCUAGGUUGGGCAGGCUGCAAGGACAAAUACCUAGCCAAAUACAGCACAAUCUAUAGUCAGAAGAGCUGGAGUGUUUCAGAAAGGCCUAUGAAAGUCAUGUCAGUGUUGUUUGUGGGUGAGUCUUAGAGACAGCUGCAAACAAGUAUUACCCAAGGGGUGCACUGUCAUCCGCUACACGGCUCCAUGGAGGAUGAUAUUCUUCUCAGAGACCUUUGGCAUCAGAUCCCUCCAGACCCCAGCCAGGCAACUCCUGGAGCUGCUCUUUGACUACAGUGUUGAAAACAGACCAGUUCUUUUUCAUGUUUUUAGCAACGGUGGUGUCAUGCUGUACCGUUACAUCAUUGAGGCUCUCCACACUCACAAGCCAUUUAAGAACCUCAAAGUAGCAGGCACCAUUUUUGAUAGUGCCCCUGGCAGAAGAAACUUGAGAGGAGGCCUUCGUGCCUUGGCAACUGUCUUGGUAUCCACGAAUGUGCUGCUCAAGUAUUUCCUCUUAUUUGCUUUUGCUACUACAGCAGUUGUGCUGCGGAUAUUGCUGUACCCAUUGACCCGCUUCAUCCACGAGAGCCAUUACGAUGCCCUGCUGAAAGCACCCUCGCGGUGGCCUGAGCUUUACCUCUAUUCUGAAGCCGAUGCCAUCAUUGAGGCCAGUGAAGUUAAGCACAUGGCUGAUGUCCGGCAGCAGCUCGGCGUCUCCGUGAAGGCUGUAGGCUUCUCGGAUUCGGCUCACGUCAGCCAUAUGCGGGUGUAUCCCACCUAUUACAGCAACCUCUGUACGACUUUCCUGUCUGACUGUGUCGGGGGCUCACCUCCUUAGUGGUGUAAUGACCUUUAAUGUUUGCCUCUGCUUUGCUCAGCUUGUAUGGGAAAUGUCACCCCCUUUGCCUUUGUGUCUUUGAAGGGAAGGAAGUAGAGGACAAGCCGCCUUAUAGCACAAAGUAGAUAUGGAUUAAUUUAAAGUACUGAAGGUGAAAUCCUAGCACGGUUGAAGUUGAUGUGCUUUACCAACGUGUCACAGACCAGAAUUUCACACACUGUUAAUUGUUUCUUUCUGUCUUCUGUUGUUCUCUGCUUUCUAUGUUGUCUCCUUGUCCCUGAUGUCCAGUGUGCAUGUUUUGCUGCCUUGAACUGAUUUGACAGUACGGCUCUUCCGUGUCUUUGUUUUUGUCCUCUUUGCCAUUUCUUUUCUCUUGCAGUGAGCAAACAGCAGCAGUUCUGCAGGGCUUUUCUCAGUGCAUCCCAGGUCUCGUUAUACUCCUUGUUGGAGAUCAGGCUGAGAAACCAAGUGUAAGACCUGGAAAAGGUGUGUGCAGGGCAGUAUGACCAGACUGUCAUCUGGUCCCAUUAAAUAUCUGAGAUAGAGCAGUCAAAGCUCUGGUCCUCAGUGAGAGCUCAGAUGUUUGUGAUAACUUUUGUGUUCUUCAACUGUGCUGACUUUGAGUGAGUGGCAGGGUUUUUGAUAGCAGGGGAGGGGUUUACAGCUGUGGCUCCCUGUGAGAAGCUUCUUGAAGCUCCCUUGGCUCCAAGUUGGACCUGCCUCUGCGCCGAGGCUGAGCCAGUUAGUGAUGGUGGCCACACCUCUGCGAUAACGUAUUGAAGAAGGGGAGCCUGGGAGGAGGAGUUGGGGGUUGUGAGGAGGACAGCUAUGCAAACACUGAGGUCAGUGAAAGAAAGGAAAAGGAAAGGGGAAGAGUAGCGCUGGUGGAGCCCCCCUGCAGCCUGUGGUGAGAGGGCAGGGCUGCCCCCCUGCCACCCAUGGAGGUCACUGGUGCAGCAGAUGCUGACCAGUGGCUUGUGUGGGGCCCCAUCCUCAUGCCAGAGCAGUUUGGGGAGAGCUGCAGCCCAUGGGAAGGAGUCAUGUUGGAGAAGGUCGCGGAGGACUGUCUCCCUUGAGAGGGGAACCACACUGGAUCAGAGGAGGAAUGCAAGUCUGUCCAUCCCCACCUCCAUCCCAUCCCCCACUCCUCGAGGAGGAAGAAGAAGGGGGACUGACUUGCACCCCUCACUUCCUGCCCCCUGCACUUCUGGUGGGGAGGAGAUGGAGAAUUUGGGACCAAAGCUGGGUGGGGGGAAGGUGGUUUUAAGUUAUGAUAAUGCUUCUUACUGCCCCACUCUGUUAGUGUUGUUAGCAUCUGAAUUUAAUUUAUGUUCUUUUAUUUCCCUUAACGAGUCUGUCUUUUGCCUGUGUCUAUAAUGGACAAAUCAUCCCUCUCUGUCCUUAU